CAAACUUUAUAACAAAAUAGUGUUGAUUUUGUUCCCGGGAAGUCUCCAUCAUCGUAACAAAGUUUUUUUUGGUCUUGUUCUCUGUUUCUUGCAAACUUUAUGAAACCUUCAUCACCUUUCCACCAAUUCAAUAAUCCUGAUACCCUUUUGAGAGAAUCGAUCACCAGUGUGUAAAAGGAACAAUCUUUUCAUCGUUCAACAAAUUGGGGUUUUUUCGUUCCUUUUUCUUGCAUAUAAGAGGAAAACGUUGUGAUGAUGGAACAAAAGCAUGUUUUGUUGUUAGCAGCAUUAGGUGUUGGGAUUGGAUUAGGUGUAGGAGUAGGAACAUGGGUUGGUGAGAAAGAUGUUUUGUUAUCAGUAUUUAGUGUUGUGAUUGGGUUGAUUGUAGGACUUGGAAUAUGGUUUGGUUUUGGAGGUGAUUCUGAUGAGUCUAAUCAUAUUUCUGAGAAUCAAAUUGUGAAGGGACUCAAGAAACUAGUCAUUGAUGGAAAGGAUAGUAAAGUUACAUUUGAUGACUUUCCUUAUUACUUGAGUGAAAAAAACAAAAUUUUGUUGACAAGUGCUGGAUAUUUUCAUUUAAGACAACAUGACUUAUCCAAGCACACCAGGAACCUUUCGCCAGUAAGACGGGCUAUUUUGCUUUCUGGACAUGCAGAACAUUAUCAUCAUAAGCUUGCCGGAGCUUUAGCACAUUGCUUUGAAUCGAAGUUGCUGUCUCUAGAUAUUGCUCACUUUUCUUUGAAGAUGCAGGGAAAAUACGGAUGUCCUAGAAAAGAACCAUAUUUUAAAAGGUCCAUCUUUGAGGCGACUCGGGAGUUUGUGUCUGGUUUAUUUGUUUCCCUGUCAAUCCUCCCUUCAAAAGGCGCGAUUAGAGCUCCUUCAAACUCCACAAGCUGCUACUUUUUUGAUGAAAAGCUUUUCCUACAUUCACUCUACAAGGUCUUGGUUUCUAUAUCAGAAGCUGGUUCUGUUAUUUUAUACAUCAAGAAUGUUGAGAAGGUCUUUCUUGGAUCACCAAGGAUGUACAGAUUGUUCCAAAAGACAUUAAAUAAACUUUCAGGAUCAGUGUUGAUACUCGGUUCCCGGCCUUAUGAUUUAAAAUAUAACUGUACCAAAGUCAAUGAAAAACUCACUAUGUUAUUCCCUUACAACAUAGAGAUCACACCACCUCAAGAUGAGACUCAUCUCAAAAUCUGGAAAAGCCAACUAAAAAAGGCCAUGAAAAAGACUCACUUGAAAGACUACACCACCCACAUUGCUGAAGUGCUUGCAGCAAAUGACCUUUAUUGUGAUGACUUGGAUACAGUUGACCAUAACGACAUGACAAUACUCAGUAAUCAGACCGAAGAGGUUGUGGCAUCUGCAAUUUUUCAUCACUUGAAGGAUGCCAAAAAUCCAAAGUAUCGAAAUGGAAUCCUAAUUAUAUCGGCCAAGAGUUUGCGCCAUGUACUGAGUCUGUUCCAGGAGGGUGAAAGUAGCGAGAAGGAUAACAAGAAGACUAAAAAAGAAUCAAAAAGGGAUGAUAGCAGGAAAGAAAAACCAAAAGAGUCAAAGAAAGACGGAGAUAUUAAAGCUUCUGCAAAAUCAGAUAGUCCUGACAAUGCCUUUGAGGAAUGCAUAAGACAAGAGCUUAUCCCUGCAAACGAGAUAAAGGUGACUUUUUCAGAUAUUGGUGCUUUGGAUGAUGUUAAAGAAUCACUUCAAGAAGCGGUUAUGCUUCCCCUUAGAAGACCAGAUCUAUUCAAAGGUGAUGGGGUUCUGAAGCCAUGUAAAGGUGUAUUGCUUUUUGGACCUCCUGGUACAGGAAAGACAAUGCUUGCCAAGGCAAUUGCAAAUGAAGCUGGAGCAAGUUUCAUCAAUGUCUCUCCAUCCACCAUCACUUCGAUGUGGCAAGGACAAUCUGAAAAGAACGUCCGAGCUCUAUUUUCGCUUGCGGCGAAGGUUGCUCCAACUAUUAUUUUCAUUGACGAAGUUGAUAGCAUGCUUGGGCAACGGUCUAGCACUCGUGAGCACAGCUCAAUGAGAAGGGUCAAAAAUGAAUUCAUGUCCCGUUGGGAUGGACUAUUGUCAAAACCUGAUGAGAAAAUUACUGUUCUUGCUGCAACCAACAUGCCAUUUGACCUUGAUGAAGCAAUUAUCAGACGGUUUCAGCGCAGGAUCAUGGUUGGUCUUCCGUCUGCUGAUAACAGGGAAACAAUCUUGAAAACUAUUCUAGCUAAGGAAAAAUCUGAAAAUAUGAACUUCGAAGAGCUUUCAACUAUGACAGAAGGAUAUAGCGGAAGUGAUCUUAAGAACUUGUGCAUGACUGCAGCAUAUCGCCCCCUUAAGGAGCUAAUACAACAGGAGAAGGAAAAAGAAAUGACAAAGAAGAAAAAGGUGACAGAAGUUGAAAUCUUAGAAGAAGCUUCCAUUGCUACCGAAGAAGAUAAAGAAGAUCAAGUGAUUGCCCUCAGGCCUUUAAACAUGGAGGACAUGAGAGAGGCAAAGAAUAAGGUGACUGCAAGUUUUGCUGCAGAAGGAUCAAUAAUGACCAGGUUGAAGGAAUGGAAUGAUUUGUAUGGAGAAGGAGGUUCAAGGAAGAAAGAGGAGCAGCUCAGUUAUUUCUUUUAGAUUGUGGAAGCCAAUUUUAAUAUGGACACAUCAAUAUUUGUCCAAAGGAUGUAUAUAUUAUAAGGCACUAAUCAUUCAGUAGAGAGAUAUUGAACUCAAGGCAUGAUAGAUUUUUGAAUGUGAAUAGAUUUAUUAAUCCCAAGGAAUGUGUAACCUCAUCAUGCACCAUGUUUGGGAGAGUCUCGAGUUUAUGUAAACCCUUUAUCAUAGGUAUAUGGAUUAGAUAUGAAUCACAUUCUCAAGUAUAUGGAUUAGAUAUGAAUCUCGCAUUCUCAAA